GCGGGUUCUGACAGUUUCAUCAUGAAGCUUUCGGUGCAGCUGUUUGGUGCUUGUUUCGUUGUCCUUGCUUUAUGUGGGACGCGGAUUAAUGGAUUUGGAUUUGCUGACACUUAUAUUACUUCCAUAGUAUCUCCGGAGUUCCCUUGGCAAUAUCCAGCAGACACCCAGCGGCAAUGGCAGAUAGAAACCGACGUUGAUCAGAGGAUGAUUGUUUUCAUAAACUACCUGGACAUCGAGCACCCUUGGGACACUCUGACGUUAACCCACUCUGCUCCUGGUACCAAUCUAACACACAUCCCAAUAGUUAGUGGAAAUAUGAUGUCGAUUCGUCUACCGGGCGGAAUCGUCACCAUCUCCUUUUGCAGUGAUCUUGUCCAACAGCAAGGCGGCUUUUCAUUGGAUUUCCGAUUUUACGAUGCGAAUGUCACAGACUAUCUCACUGAGAAUGCAUUUGAAUGCCAUUCAGGGUUUGAGCUCAUCCGCAAAGAGGCUCGUUGCGAUGGAGCCAUCGACUGCCACGAUUUUUCAGACGAAGUCAACUGUGGAGCUUGUGACUCAGAAUCUUUUCUGUGCCGCGGAAGUGAUAUUUGUCUUUUAGGCAGUAGGCAAUGCGAUGGUUGGAGUGACUGCCCAUUGGCCGAUGAUGAAGAACAAUGUGACACAACGAAAUGUCCUGAUGGUUAUUCGUGUGGUGAGUCCCCAUACAACGAUCGGCAUGGACCAGUACCAUCAGCCUGCACUGGGCCUGAGUGGGCCCCAUACUGGGUGAAUGCAUCAGAACAAUGGAGCGGACAACCCUUGCAGAAUGUUGCACCAAAGGCUACAUUGCUAAAUUUAAAUGGUUUUCCAGUCAAAAUCUUGAAUCAUGGUAUGUUUGACGAAACAACAAACCUUCAUACUAUUGACAUUGCAUCAUGCCAAUUAGAAAGCUUGCCAGCAGGAGUUUUUAGUAAACUCUCACGCCUGUGGAAAAUUGUUGCAACCAACAACAGUAUUACCUAUCUUGAGAAUGGCACGUUCUCUGGACUGAUAAACUUAAGAUUGCUAUACUUGGAUUUUAACCAGAUAAUGCGUCUUGACGAGGGAUGUUUUACAGAUCUUCGACGUCUCUUUUUCAUUGAUCUAGGUAAUAACCAGCUGUCAGAAAUUCGUCAAGGUGCAUUUAAGGAUUGCAGUUCUAUGGAGAGACUAGUUUUACCCGAGAACAAUAUAACACAAGUGAACAGUUCUAUCUUUGAAGGAAUCAAAGAACAUCUGAAGAUAGUCACUUUCCGAGAUAAUCCACUCCACUCCAUUGCCCCCGGUACUUUUCUCGGCCUCACUCGACUCGAAGACUUACACAUCAUGUCUGUCUCGUCGGAACAUAUUCAAAUUUUCCCGGAAAUAUUCCAGGGACUGGAAAAUCUGAUUGCGCUAGUGGUGUAUGACUCCAGGUUUUGUUGCAUCGCACCAGAGAGGGCCUCGUGUGUUGAGCGAGUUCCAUCUCACCCACUCUUCACCUGCAGGAAGACCUUCCUCCAGAACCUUAUCAUCAAAGUCUUCAUAUGGAUACUAGGUAUCAGCGCAUUAGUAGGCAAUGCUUUCGUCAUACUGAUGCGUCUGCAGCGGAAGGAAGCUACGUCGGUGGGCACUAUCCAGUCCAUCUUUAUCACCAGUCUAGCCCUCUCCGAUUUUUUGAUGGGUGCCUACAUGAUUAUCCUAGCCACGAUGGAUCUCUACAUAGGGGAUUCGUACUUCUGGGAGGGUCGAGCGGAAGAGUGGAGAUCAAGUAACGUCUGCCAGGUAGCUGGGUUCAUCGCGUUCUUGAGCAGUGAGGCUUCCGUUUUCCUCCUGACCCUCAUCACCGUCGAUCGCUUCAUCUGCAUCCUCUUCCCAUUCAGCAUCGAGUACCACAUCACCACCACCAAGGCACGUAUCAUCACUGGUGCUAUCUGGAUGUUCUCUUUCUGUCUCGCUCUUGUUGCCAUCUUCAUCAACUACCUCUACCCCGAUGCGUACAGCCUGAGUGACGUGUGCGUUGGUCUGCCACUCAUCCGCAAGUCCGUGGACCUGUACGCCAAACUUGACGUGAAUACCCAAUCCCGAUAUGGUAUUGCGACCUUCAACACUGUUGCAUCCUCCACAGUUUCUACCUGGCAGUUCUCCAUCGCGGUCUUUCUGGGGAUCAAUCUCAUUAGUUUCGUAGUAAUUCUUUUCUCCUACAUUGCCAUCUUCUUAACGGUGCGUUUUGCACGAGAUCGAGUCGGUCGUAAAGAUAAAGCGGCGAAUGAGGUAAAGAUGGCGCUAAAAUUUUCCUUGAUCGUAGCGACCGACUUCUUCUGUUGGAUGCCCAUCAUCAUCCUCGGGAUACUGGUUCAGACCAACGUCAUUACUAUCUCAUCUGAUAUCUACGCCUGGUUGGUGGUCUUCAUUCUCCCGAUCAAUUCCUCCAUCAAUCCGUACUUGUACACCAUCAUGAAAGACACAUCUUCUAGGCCCAAGUCAACAAGAAACACUAAAUAAACUAAGUGACCUUUAAAAGGUAAUUUUAGAAACAUACAUAUCCAAUGCCACCCCCACGUUCGAAAUGGGAAACAGAAAAAAAUAAUAAAUGACAAUAAAAAUAAAAAAUAAAAAUAAAUCGUGGAAGUGGUUU